AUGAAAAAGAUCAAUAGCAAGAUCCCAGUAAAGGAUACCCUAUCUGGCCCUCCACACAACCAUAACGAUAACCAAGUGUUCAUCAACUUCCGGGGAGAGGAGCUACGCUGCAGCUUCGUGAGCCACCUUGUUGACGCAUUCAAAAGACAUGGAAUCAACUUCUUCAUAGACAAAGACGAACAAAAAGGAAAAGACCGGAGACAUCUCUUUGCAAGGAUCAAGCAGUCGAGUAUAGCUCUGACUAUAUUCUCGAAAAGGUACGCAGAGUCACGCUGGUGCCUGAACGAGUUAGCGAAAAUAAAGAAAAGAACCGAUAAACGCAAACUACAAGUGAUACCCAUCUUCUUCAAGGUGAAAGCCGCAUCUGUGAGAUACCAAAAGGCUGAGUUCGGUAGCAACUUCUGGAGAUUAGCUAAGAGUUCAAGCGGGGAACAGAUCAAGAAAUGGAAGGAAGCUUUAGAGUCUGUUUCUGACAAAAUGGGCUUGUCCUUAGGCGGCAAAAGCUCCGAGGCGGAUUUUAUAAAGGAAAUUGUUAAAGAGGUCAAAAGAGUUGUCGAGGUUAAGAAAAUGAAAGACCAUUCCUUCAGUCUUCCCCAAAAUAACAGAUGAUAUUUACCCAGCAGGAUCAAAAUCGAACCAAAAUAAUGUAUAAUGAAAAAGUUUGUUUCUUUUUGGUUUAUUUCCAUAUAUGGUGUGUCAUAAUACUAGGGUUUUUGUGUUUAUAUUGGUGUACUACUUUUCAGUCAGUGAUCAUUGUUUUGUUACUGUAAUAAAAAAAUUUCUAUCCAGCGAUAUAACUCGAGCUUAAUUUGAAUGUGAAUGUUUCCAACUCCUACCCAAAAGACAACGAAACGAUAAUUAUAGUCUAAUCGAAAGAGAAGGUCAGCUCAGGCCAUGUAGUUGUUCACCCAUCAACAAACAACAAAUAGCAAUCUUUUAACAAUACUAGUCUCGUCUUGUGACUUGCAUAUGAUAGUCAUGAAGGGCUCAAACUAAAGAUUCCUAAAUUUCAAACUAAAGAUAAAAUAUAUGUGAAAUAGACAUCAGAGAGCAGGUUCAA